CUGCUCGACAAAGGAGACGGCGGAAACAGUCGAAAAACCUAAAAAGUUCGGUUAGGGUUCCACAUCCACGCCACGUCCGCCCUUAUCCCCUCGCUUUAUUCUCCUUUAAAACCUCUUUCCCAAUAACUGGCUUUCAUACCUCACUUUACCUUUCCCAAUGGCUCUUGAAAUGGCAAUCGCUUUCCGGCCAGCGAUGAUCCAGGCGAAGGCCGGAGGAUCCAGAAUCGAUCGGAGCCGGAAAAUCGGCGGCGGCGGCGGUGGAGCGUGGUGGUCGCCUUUGUUCGGCUGGGGAUCGCAGCCUGACUAUAUUGACUCCGGCGAUGCAUAUUCGCAGGAAAAGGUAGUAGCUCCAGAUCUGGCUAUGGAUAACCGGAGGAGCUCGCCGCGGAUCUGUGCUUGGUUUACGGAGGAGAAGGCGAGGGAGAUGAGGAUGAGGCUGUCGGAAACGGAGACCUUCCACGACGCUAUGUAUCACUCAGCCAUCGCCUCCCGCCUUGCAAGCGAUCUAUGCAGAGGAUCUGGAUACGGUAACUGAGAAAUGAUGACGAUGGGAUUUCAAAAUUAUUUUUAUGUUGUUUUUUUUUUAAGUUUAUUUUUUACUUGUUUAUUGGGAAUUAUAAAUCAGCACUGCUGUGAAGAAAAAAAGAAAAUCUUGGCAGUGAUGUAUGGCUGUUUGCGUUUGUCGCCAAAUUUUAUGAGGAUGUAUAUACAUAUGUACAUAUGUAUGGUGUUAAUAAAAAAUAUAUACAAUAAUAUUUUAAAAAUGCUUUUUUUAAUGUUAAAUAUUGAAUAA